AUAAACAAAUAAAAAAAUCAAUCGACAAAUGGCGGAGGUUUCAAGGGGAACAAGUUUACAAAAACCUGCAACUGGACCGCUUGCUUUUAAGUCUUUCCUUUCUCUCUCAGAGAUCAUCGCCGCCUCCUCUGUGCCGCCACGAACUUUGCAGCGGCGCAACCAUCGCUCCCCCUCUCGAAAUGGCCGUCAACUAUCUCCCUAGGGCUGGCAUUGGAAUGGAGAAGACACUAUUUUAAGAAGGCAUGAUGAAGACUAAAAGUGAGAACCAUAGUAAUCAACCGCAAUAACAAGCACUUCCUCCUUCACCUUCACCUUCACCUUCACCUUCACCUUGUAGUUGCUGUUGAAAAAUAGUGAGUCCAAACUCAUAAACUCCUUGAUUGGAUUGGUGGGUUGAAAUCUUGAUAAUCUAGAUAAGAAAUUGAAGAAUUGAAGAUGAGCACGAUAAUUCAGCUGCAAUCCCAAGUUUCCUCAUCAUCUUGGUCUUGGCCAAUCCCAAUUGAGGUCCCAAAAGGCCGAAUAUGUGCGUCAACACGAUCCUUAAAUGUGCGAUCAUCAGGACGAGUAGGAAUACGAUGUGAGGUGGUGGCGGGGGGAACUGGAACAGAAAUCGGAAUGGGACCUUACACGGGGAGAGACCCAAAUGUGAAGAAGGCGGAAUGGUUAAGGCAGAAAGCCCCCCAGGGAAACAAGUAUGCGGAGGUCAAGGAGUCCUUGUCCCGUUUGAAUCUGAAGACGGUGUGUGAGGAGGCCCAAUGCCCUAACAUUGGCGAGUGUUGGAAUGGUGGUGGGGAUGGCAUUUCCACUGCCACCAUCAUGCUUCUGGGCGACACCUGCACCCGUGGCUGUCGGUUCUGUGCUGUCAAGACCAGUCGGAACCCUCCACCUCCUGAUCCCAUGGAGCCUAUCAACACUGCUAUGGCCGUUGCCAGCUGGGGUGUUGAUUAUAUUGUUUUAACGAGUGUCGAUCGUGAUGACCUGCCAGAUGGUGGAAGUGGUCAUUUUGCUCUUACUGUCCAAGCCCUCAAGAAUCUGAAGCCUGAUAUCAUGGUUGAGUGUUUAACUUCUGACUUUCGUGGUGACUUGACGGCUGUACACACUCUGCUGUACUCCGGACUUGAUGUUUUUGCACACAACAUUGAGACCGUCAAACGACUACAACGAAUUGUCAGAGACCCUCGGGCUGGGUAUGAGCAAAGCUUAUCUGUUCUAAGACAUGCAAAACAAAGCAAAAGGGGGAUGAUAACAAAAACUUCUAUAAUGCUGGGCCUGGGAGAAACAGACGAUGAGUUGAAGGAAGCCAUGGCUGAUUUAAGGGCUAUAGAUGUUGAUAUUUUGACGCUUGGGCAAUAUUUACAGCCAACUCCAUUACAUUUGACUGUCAAAGAAUAUGUCUCGCCUGAGAAAUUCGUUUUCUGGAAGGAAUAUGGGGAGUCUAUUGGAUUUCGUUAUGUAGCCAGUGGGCCCUUGGUCCGGUCCUCGUACAGGGCAGGGGAGCUGUUUGUUAAAACAAUGGUCAGGGAAAUGGCUAACGGCUCUUCUGGCGUAUUUCAGUAACUUAUGAACUUCAAUACAGAUGGCUACCAAUAUGAUAAUAAUUUAGUGGUGUGAACAGCUAAAAAUAGGGCAAAAUUUAGUUGCAAUGCUAAUGACCAUAGAUUUUGUGAGGGUCUGAAUUUUCCGAGUCUAAUAUAUAUAAAUAUUUGUUCA